CCGGACGACUUAUACUGUAGCACGCCGGCAACCCUGAAAACACAACUCACACAUGCUGUCGUGACAGCAGCAGCGGAAUGUCCUGACAUUAGAACGUGGUUGACGAGCCAGUAGUCUGUAGAGACCUUCAGUAAUUAACAUGGCGGAAGCGUCAAACGGAGCAGAUGUGCCAGAGAAACCUCCUCCUCAGAACUGGAUCCUUCUCCACCCAGCAUAUCAGCAAAUGAAGAGUCUGGAGGUUCAGGACAGUGAACAAGUACACGUAGCUUUCCUCGUGUAUAUGGAUCUUACUGAAGUGCGUCAAUGGAAAGAGGUGUCUUGUGUCAAGAGUCCUGAGCUGCAGAUGGUUUUGCUGGAAGGGAGGGAGAAGGAAGGAGCACCCAUCCAGACAAUUCUUCCACUGCCUGCUCACCGAUCUCUGAGCCACAAAAGCAUACGUCAGGUGCUGGACAGAGGCUUUUCCAUGCUGCUGUGUGCAGUAGCUUCGGACUCCACCCUUGUCUACCAGAGGAUGACUGAUGGGUUGGUGACACCGGACCCUCCCGCUGGCCCCUUCCAGGAUUUGGGACGCCGGCAGCACCGGAAGAGACGGCAGAUGCACUGACCAGCUGGAAUGAGAAGACACCUUGGUGUUGUUGUUGAAACAUAGAAGAGCAGGAUGGGACAGGCAGUCGGGUCUGUCUGUGUGAGCCGCCCCCAAAAAAAGAAAAAAAAAGAAAGAAGUUGUACUGAGAACAUGGAAGCAGGAGCAAAUUGUCCAAACCACAGUGCCCUUCUAGGAGCUCUAAGUAAGAAACGAGCAGCUGCAUCCAGCCAGUGAAGUGGAAAUCAGUGGUUUACCAAUGUUUUGGCUUGUGUGUCCUUAAAACGUUUGACCCAGUAUGUGGUUGCAUGCCUUCUUCAAAACCUUCAUGCUGGACCUGGUGGGAUGGAUCCCAGGACAUAAACAAUUUGUCUUGGAUACAUCACUACUAGAGAAAUUGAUGAUUAAGACAUACUUCUUAUUAUCAUAAAGAUUUUUUUGUAUUUUAUUUUGUUAGUUCCUUUAAAGGCGCUGUACUCGAUAUCCAGCACAUAUUUGUGUGUGUGUGUGUGUCUGUAUGCACAUGCAUGUUGCGUGAGAGUGCCUUGUGCAUCGGUAUCAGACUCAGAGGGCCUCUAGAAAGCCUCGGUAUAUUUGACGAGUGGGGGAACGCUCCGCAGCAUAGUAUGAGGGUUGGAAGUAACAAAUAUUAGUUGCUAAAAAUUGCAAGUUUUAGAUGAUCAAGUGGUUUGAUUCAUUUAAAGACGAUUUGAUAAACUCAUCGUGUUAAUGUGUGACUUUGCUGAAUCCUGGCUAACCCUUUAAAAAACCAAAGACACACAAUAACACUAACUAACUAACCGAUCAAGGCAGUGGUAGGCCAGCAUUUCCUCUGUUCUGCGAGUUAAAACUACUGUUUUUGUCAAAGGAGUCUGGUGGCUUUGAAUAGAUCAUCAGAAAGGGCUGUUCAACAACAAGGUAAAGCGGUGAAAAUAUUCUAAACACAGCGUAGACUUAAACUAAUAAACUUUUUUAGGUGGCUAAAAGACGUUUUGCUGCUCCCCCCGGCCACAGCCGUACAUUGCUUAGCUUCUGUGUCAGGAAUGCCAACUGCUUCUCCUAAAUAAGGGCGUACCGACCACAAUUUACUGUAGGCAAUACACCGACUAUGGAUACAACCACAUACCACUUCAGAACAUCGGAAUUAUCCCUUUAAUAUCUCUAAAAGUUAACACUGUCUGAUGAUUUCAGCCACACCAGUGUGCCAAUUGGGCUCUAAAUCCUAACUGCAUGUAGAUUAAUAAUUUUAUCACCCAAAUUCACAUUUUCAUGAGAUUUAUCGCUGAUACAAGUUUUCAUUUUAUCAUGAAUUACUAUGUGGUGCAGCACAUUUAACACCAUUUGUUAACGUAGUAAUUGUAUUCAUGUAUGCACUUGAAUCAUACAACUGGCUAAAAUGCGUAUACUGUUGGCUAAAUGAUUCAUCCCCGGUUGUGCUGUCAGCUUUUCAAGUAACACAACAUUGUCAGCUGUGCGGAUAGCUUACUAAAAACACUUUAUUGUCUAGAAAAACAAAAAUUCAACAUGGAAAACAGAACACAACAACAUAACACUGGUGUGUGAAAUAAACAAUCAGACUACUAUGUGAUGUGGCAGUGUCCACCCUGUGGGUUUAACACGGUACGUAUACUGAAGCAGGGGACAACAAUAUCCCCGCUGUGAGUGCGUUAAUGUCUUUUUAAUGGUGCAACAUUGUUUGAAUGGAGGAAGGACUUGACUACAUGAGACAAAGAUUACAACACUUCAACCCUGAGCCUUAUUCAACAUAAAUACUCUAUAAUCGUAGCAGAAACAGACAUGGGCAGAGACAAUGUACUGACCAAUGUACCGU